AUGGGCUGCGCCAGGGGACUCUGCACCGCUGAGAAGAUAUUCAUCUUUAUCAACAUCGCCUUUGCGAUGUACAGCGGUGCGCUGUUGGCGACGGCGGCGCGCUUGGCGUGGGACCCCAGCACCUACACGUGGUUCCGGUUCCUGUGCGAGGCGCAGUACCGCGUGUCGGCCGCAUACGUGCUCGCCGCCGGCCUGUGGCUCGCCGCUCUCGUCUACCUCGCCGCCGCCGCCGCGCACCGUUCCGCCAGGAACUGCUUACACAUCUAUUGCGUGGGCGUGUUGUGCUUGGCGCUAAGCGAAAUCGGUUACGGCGCAUGGAUGGGGGCCUCGCUCGCGGCGUGGUGGCGCGAGGCGCCGCAGGCGGAGCUGGCGCGGCACGGGAUGGACCUACUGCACGAUCUGAAGCCUGCUCUGCUCGCUGUGGAACGAUACAGGGAUGUCGCCAGACCGCUCUAUGACAUGAUUGAGGAGGUGGAGCGCGAAGCUCCCAACAACGUGUUCGUUAUCAUCGUGUUCGGCGUGGUCGGCAUGGUGCUGCAGGUGGCCGCAUUCGUAAUGGCGCGACGGCUGGCGUCGCGCGAGGGCAUCGAGUUCGGCGCGGAGGCGGCGCGGCCGCGCUCGGCGCGCAAGGAGCGCGACGCCUGCGCCGUCGCCACCGCCGACGACGACAGCGACGGCGCCGACCACGACCCGCCGCCCGGCUGGCGCAAGAAGGCCAACCUGCGAAUGUACACGAUUCUCGACAAGAUUUUCUAG